GUGUGAACUCCCAAUUAAAAGCUGCGACGGAAUCAAUUUACAAUUCAAUCAACAAAAUUUUCUUUUUCUUUUUUUUUUUGGAAAUUCCUUUAUUUCUUCCUCUUCUUCUUGAUUCUUGAUUCUUGUUCUUAUUGCUCUAUAGAUUCUAUCCUUCGAUCCAAUCCAAUCACAUACUUAGACUGGUUCUUUAGUUCUCUAGCAAUUCAUUAUUUAUUUAUUCAUUUUUAAUAGAUCAUAAAAAAAAACCCCCUUACAUAAUUCAUAUCUUAUAUCAUAAUGUCUACUCCUGUCAUUCCUCAAUUCACCAUUGGUGAUUAUGCUUCAUUUGCCUUAGCUGGUGCCAUGGGUUGUGGUGUUACCCACGGUGCUAUGACCCCAAUUGAUGUCGUCAAAACUAGAAUUCAAUUAGAACCAACUGUUUACAACAAAGGUAUGAUUGGUUCUUUUAGACAAGUUGUUGCUAGUGAAGGUGCUGGUGCUUUAUUAACUGGUUUAGGUCCAACCAUCUUAGGUUAUUCUUUACAAGGUGCUUUCAAAUUCGGUGGUUAUGAAUUAUUCAAAAAGACCUUUAUUGAACAAUUAGGUUAUGAUACUGCCAAAGCUUACAAGAAUGGUGUUUUCAUUGGUUCUGCUGCUUUAGCUGAAUUUUUUGCUGAUAUUGCUUUAUGUCCUUUAGAAGCUACUAGAAUUAGAUUAGUUUCUCAACCAACUUUUGCUAAUGGUUUAGUUGGUGGUUUCUCAAGAAUCUUAAAGGAAGAAGGUGUUGGUUCAUUCUAUAAUGGUUUUACUCCAAUUUUAUUUAAACAAAUUCCUUAUAAUAUUGCCAAGUUUUUAGUUUAUGAAAGAGCUGCUGAAGCCAUUUAUGGUACCAUCUCUACUCCAAAGAAAGAUUUAUCUAAUACUACUGUCACUGUUGUUAAUUUAGGUUCUGGUAUUAUUGCUGGUUGUGCCGCUGCUUUUGUUUCUCAACCUGCUGAUACUUUAUUAUCAAAGGUUAAUAAAACUAAGAAAGCUCCAGGUCAAUCUACUGUUGGUUUAUUAAUCCAAUUAGCUAAACAAUUAGGUGUUACUGGUUCAUUCGCUGGUUUACCAACCAGAUUGAUUAUGGUUGGUACUUUAACCUCAUUACAAUUCACCAUUUAUGGUUCAUUAAAGAAAACCUUAAACUGUCCACCAGCUGUUGAUUUAUAGAUGGUUUAAUCUCACCAAAAAAGAAUAACAUAAUUUCACACUUUCUUGUUUGUUUGUUUGCUUCCCCCUGGCUUUUAUAGCUGUUUAUUAUUAUUAUUAUUAUUUUAACUAUAAUUAUAUUGUUUUUUUUAUCCAUUUUAAAAAGAAAG